AUGAUACUGCUGCUGCUACUGCUGCUGCUCCUGCGUGUUUCUCUCCUGCUGCAGCCGACCAAACGAGGAAGGUCAAUGGAACAUGUUGUGGUAAUGGCGUGGCCCGGAACCUACUCCGACGUUGCACACAAUGCAUUUCAUUUCCAUCCGGCACGCCCGAUUAAUACGACGUCGUAUGUAUUAGAAGAUGACGACGGUAAUGAUGAUGAUGAUGAUGAUGAUGAUGAUGAUGAGGGUCAUGGGCAUGGCGAUUCUGAUAAUGGCAGUAUGCGACUAAGCGCUGACGUGCGUCUGUACAUGCCAUGGUGGUUUUCUACAUUAUGUGCAGCUGGGCGUCUAGGCCGUCGACGUUGGCCAUUUCAAUGCCAUGGCCCCAUGUCCAAUACGGCAAGGAUAGUGUGA